UAUUGACCAAUAUUCGUAUAAUGUUAGGGAAUUUAACAUCAAAAUAAUUCAAAAUGAAUGAAUAUUUUCAUUUGGACUAACUGGAAUCCCAGCUGCAGAAUGCAUUAAAUAAUCGUCUUUAUGGUCUCUUAUCGGCAGAUUCCUGAGCAGAUUCAAUUUUCCCGCAUAAUGUUUUGCAUAAUGAAGUCAACAUAUACUUAAUUGAAUAAACAAACUACAACAGUUCAAACGGACAUUCAUCCUGUAACUUUUGCUAAAUCUGUGCUUCACAUGCAUAAAAAUUUCCAGCAAAUAAUUCAUAAUCUAUGUGUCCUUGAUACCUAUGGUGAGCGCGUGUGUAUUCCUAUCUUUGUGCGAGAUUUUGAUAAAACCGGCUGAACAGUUGGUAAUGUAGUAAUUCGAGCUGCACAUUCCGACAUGUUGUGUUUAAACACUUCAAUGCAGUGGCGGAGUUUUUAUAGCGUAUAACUCUGAUAGAGAUGGUUUUCAACUGGUCAAGGUUGUCCCGAGUUUUGGCACAGGCAUCCACCGAAUAACAUGACGACAGAUACUGAAAGUUGCAAUAUGGGAGAUUUUUGUUUAUUUCGACCGAACUCCGAAUUUCGAGACGUGCAAUCGACCGAACAGCCGAUGAAAUUUAUAAUCAACGUUUCUGGGCUACGGUUUGAGACUUAUAAACAUACCGUUGAACAGUUGCCGGAGAGCGUGCUCGGUUCUGCGUCAAAACGAAAUAGGUACUGGGACUCUGAGAACAACGAAUUCUUCUUUGAUCGUAACAGGACAUGCUUCGAAGCAAUCUUAACGUAUUAUCAAACCAAAGGUAUCUUAAUACGGCCAGCUACCGUACCUAUGAAUAUUUUUGUCAAUGAGUUGAAAUUCUUUGAGCUUGGUCAAGAAGCGCUGUGGAAAGCCACUGAAGGGUACAAUGGAUUCGAAGAGCAAUACGAGAAACCCAAAAAUAAACUCCAGUGUAAGGUUUGGGAAUUGUUUGAACACCCAGAUACUUCGAGGGCUGCUAGGGGGAUCGCGAUAUUGAGCAUAAGUAUUAUAUUAUUAUCUGUUGUCUUAUUUUGCAUCGAAACACUGCCUUCGUUUCAAGAAAACAACAUGAAGCGGAAUGGUACUGGCAAGGAAGAGCAGGACAAGGAUCGGUACACCUCUGGGCCUUUUAUUAUUGAAGCACUCUGUAUCAGCUGGUUCACCAUUGAAUAUGUAGUUCGCCUUCUUAGUUCACCGAACAAAUGGAAAUUCGUGACAUCUAUUUUAAACGUGAUUGAUUUAAUCGCAAUUAUCCCUUUCUACAUAAGCAUUGCGAUGGCGAACUCGGAGACAGAUGUUUCCUCGCUGGCUAUAUUGAGGGUAGUUCGGUUGGUCCGUGUAUUCAGGAUCUUUAAGUUGUCGCGAUAUUCAAGAGGGCUGCAGAUUCUCGGUCACACGCUGAGAGCAAGUGUCAAAGAACUUGGCUUGUUAUUGUUCUUCCUUUGUGUGGGUAAGUGACUUCAAAUAAUAUGAGAUUAUUUAUGGUUAAUUAUUAUUCUUAUUCAGUAUUAGGGAAAGCGAUCUUUAAUGCACCUGUGGCCUGUCUGUCAGUUUCGAAAUUAUGAAAAGUUGAGAAAAACUGACGUCUGUUAUUCUGUCUGUUUAGAAAUUGCGAGUGCACGUUGUUAAACAAUUGUUAAUCCUGCUAUCCCAAAAAAUCUAAUUUGUUGGGUAAAAUUUAACUAUUUUAGCAGAAAUAAUUACAUAUAUAUCAUGUAAUAUGUCGGUUUUGUAUGAAAAUAAUCCGAUUUCGUCACUGAUAUUGAAUGCAUGUCCGCCAUAAUCUAUUAAUGGAUUAUAUGGACAUCAUUGAUAUCUUUUAACCAAUCACAUGUCUUUCAGAAACGUCACCGGCGAACCAAUUACAGUUACCGUGUGAACUAUACAGACUUUUUUACAUAAAUAGACAAAAAUAACAUGCUUGGCUGAGCAGUUGAGAACUAUAUACACAUAACUAUAUUGUUUGAAAUUCUUAUCUUGUUAAUAUCAAAAGUAUGGCAUUAAAGACACGUGUCACUUAGUAUUUUUGGUUUGCCAACUUGCCAUAGAGUAUUUUUAAUUGCACACAAACAAUAUACACUAGCUAUCAUAAAUAAUGAUAUCAGUUUAGCUAUAUAGUAGUUGUAAAGCGUGGGUCAAAAGAAUGAGCAAUUCCAGCUUUUGACUAAAUUUUUAUCUGGGCGAGAAGAACAAAAUCCAUUACCACAGCUAGAAAGAGCAUGUUAAAAUUAGUAAAAUUGCAAAGUUUGGUUGCGAAAUGUUGUAAAAUGAGGAAAAUAUAGCCCUACGAAUUUGCAAAUUGUGUAUUAAUUUGUAUUACGCUCGGGGAAAUGCACCACAUUUGGGCCGAAAGUGGUGCAUUUUCCCGCAACCAAACUUUGCAAUUUUACUAAUUUUAACAUGCUCUUUCUAGCUGUGGUGAUGGAUUUUGUUCUUCUUGCCUAGAUCAAAAUUUAGUCAAAAGCUGGAAUUGCCCGACUAAAUCCAAUUCCAAUUCAGUUAUUUACUUAUUUACCACACUGUCUUUCAUUUUAGGUAUAAUAUUAUUCUCCAGUGCAAUCUAUUACGCUGAACUUGGUUCGAAUGAGAAAUUUGUCAGUAUCCCAGACUCCUUUUGGUGGUCUAUCAUCACCAUGACAACGGUCGGGUAUGGCGACUACGUACCUGUAACUGGAGGUAAGAUGAAGCAUAGGCUGUAUGGCAUGUUAUAGCGUGUAGAUGUUGUAUUUUUAGUUUUUAGCUUGGUACUGUCUAGGAUUAACCUCCAUACCUUAUUUUAACUAUAAGAAUGAAGCUAGUCCUAGGCCCUAGGGCUUUUUUGUGGAUGGGAUUUUCGAGCCGAAGAUUAUAUACAAUUUUAGACCUAUAACCAGGAGCGUGCAGCUGCGAAAAAUGCAACUAUAUAUACGACCGUUUUGGCUUUUUAAAACCGGGGCCGUUUUGGCUCUCCCCGGGACCAAAACAGAACAUCAGGGGCCAAAACAGAACACUAGGGCCGUUUUGGCCCCUAUUAAUUUCUUAUAGCUGUUUUGGCCAUGUACAGGGCCAAAUUGGAAUGUUAAUCUAAAAUAAGAAUUAUGUCACUUUGCCAUAAGUAUACCGUUUUGGCUCUAACUGGGGCCAAAACGGCUCACAAGCGCUAUUUUGGCACCUGAGUGAUGCCAUUAUAAGGUAAUGGUAAAUAUCGAGCUGUUUUGGGCACUGUAUUGUAUAUAAAUACAAAAAUUGUAUACAUACAAUCUUCCAAUAGAAAAUUCUAUCUACAAAAAAGUCUUCAACUGUUAGUUCUAUCGAGCAAGAAUAUAUUUACCCUUACUUAUUAAUUAAAGAACUUUUUCUGAUUUUCAGUUGGUAAACUAGUUGGAUGUUUCUGUGCUAUAACUGGGGUGUUAUUUAUAGCCUUACCUGUUCCGGUGAUUGUCUCGAAUUUCGCUUACUACUAUUCGAAAGAACGAAACCGACAGAUGACUCGAGAAAUGAACCCGGAGGAAGGCUCCUCUACGAGUGCCGAUAAUAUCCGAUCGCUCAUAUGCUGCCCUACUGUGAACGAACGAAAUACCUGCACUGGAAGAAAAGUCAAGAACGGAAAAAUAAUUCGCGAAAAAAGAGUGGAUAGUUCUACAGAGGAAGGCGGUCCUUCUGAAGUAAUGUUGCAGAAUAACAAUGGAAAUCCUAGAAUGGGACCUGUAAAUGUCAUUGAAAGCAACGUAUAGAUUUUAUUCAUUGUAAUGUAUAUAACGGAAGGUACAUCUAUUAUAGUAGUAUGACAUAUUGGUGUUUUUGCAGGGAAUUUUUGAAUAUUUUUAAUAUUCAGUGACAGGCUUUUCGAAGCUCAUUUCAAUUUUUUGGCGUUAGAUUGAUGGCAAAGAAUUUUGUGAACAUGAUUUUGCCAAGUACAAUAUAAUUUUAAAAUUCGAUGGAUGAUCGAAGUUUCCCCCGGAAGAAUAACUUAACAAAUACAAGGUUCUAAGGAAUCCGUUCGACAGACAUGUUAUUUUUAAGAAUACGAUGAGUAACCCACGAAAGUACUUAAAUACAAUCGUGUUCAGGAUCCGAGGCAUAAGGAAUCGGCAGGAGAGAAGCACGGAUGAAGAUUGGAUUAAACAUCAUUGGAUUAAACAUCAUUGGAUUAAAUCAUAAAAACAAGCUUGCAGCUACCUGAAAAGUCUGAAAAAUAUCAUGUAAGGAGUAUUUCGAUGUUUCGAGCGAAGGCCCUUCGUCUGGACUAGUGGAAGGCGAAGCGACGAAGGGCUCGAAAUUCUCCGCAUCCCUACCAAAGAAAGCUUGUUAUUACAGUAUUUGUGCUACCUACACUGGCACAGACUGACAGACAGUUCAUCAUUGUAAACAGUACAGAAUGGAAGAUGGAAGUUUGUUCUUAAACCACUUCCCCUUGUUACGAUAAAUAAGAAAAUAUUGUUUAUUAUUUAUGUAUAAAUAAUUCUAGUUUCUGAAAAGUUGAGAAAAACUCUGAUUUCUGAUACUAGAUUCCCCUUAUUACGUUUUUCGUAGCGCUUUGCAUUGUGGUUAUAGUGGUAUCACUGAUAUUCAAGAUGGCUUAUUUUUUGUCCUUACCCGUGCAAGAACUUUUAAAAAAAGCUGGGGUCAGAUACGCGAUAGCCAACAGCAAAAUAUUCGCGAAAACAUUCAAUAUUUUCAUUCGAGGCCGCUAUCUUUAUCAGUGAUACCACUAUAACCACAAUGCAAAGCGUUACGAAAACGUAAUAAGGAGAAUCAUCAAUUGCCAAAAUAGACAAAUUAAUAGAUAGAAGGAAAAUAGUAUUAUGGUUAUCUUAAUAUAUUUCAAUUACAACUUUUUUUAUUUACUAAAGUGAU